AUGGAACAGCCUGUGGUGACAGGAAUUCAUGACAUUCAUCAGCAGAUAUGGGUCCUUCAGGGGAAGAGCCUCAUAGCAACUUCUCAGAGUGAUGGUGUGAUUCCAGUAAAACUCGAUAUACUACCAUGCAGAAGUACAGACUCCCUUGAGGGAAACAAAGGGAAUCCUAUUUAUAUAGGAAUAAAGGACCAUCUCCUUUGUCUAUCCUGUGUGGAGAGUGAAGGACAUGCCAUAUUAAAGCUGGAGAAGAAGGACAUAAUGGAAUUAUAUAAUACCCAGAAGGCAGAGAAGUCUUUUGUAUUUUACCAAAAUGCAACUGACAGCACUUCUACCUUUGAGUCGGCUGCUUAUCCUGGCUGGUUCAUCUGUACUUCGGUGGAGAAGAGGAAACCCAUCGGGAUGACUGAGGAUCUGGGAAAAGACAAUAUAGCUUUCUAUUUAGACUUCAGGGCCUGA